AUGAGCCAACUAAGAGCAUUGAAAGAACAAGAGGAGCACAGGAGGGAUCAGAUAUUAGCUGACAGGCUCAACCGUCAGUCGUUGCAGGAGAAGAGAAUAGUAACACAACUGAUGCAGAUCCGUAAAGAGAAAGACAACAUUAGAGAAAACAGGAUUUUGAGACAGAAGCAGUAUGAAAAGGAAAGAGAGAGAGAAUUUGUACUUGCACUUGAAAGAGAAGCUUUGGAGGCUAAAAGAAAAGCUGUUGUUGAGGAGAUAUUGUUCAAAGCUAAGCAAGACAAGCGGAAGCAGUUGCUUCAGGAGAGAGCGAGACAGAAUUACGAGAAACACUAUCAGAUCUGUCACUCUAUCAUACUCCAAAUGGUGGACCUAAGCACAAAGAUUGGAGAAUACAGGGAACUUACUCAAUGUGCUAUACCGGUUAAGAUGAUACGUGAUUGGAAGCUAUUGUUUCUAUUCAAUAAACCACUUUAUGAGGACAGUGGUCUUGUAACUGCUACUGAAGAGGAAGAAGAGAAAGGAGAGGGAGAGAGAGAAAAAGGAGGAGAGGGAGAGAGCGUCAGUCUCCAAUCUACUAGUUCAGUCGAUGAUAAAAAUGCUGAAGCUGACGAUAUACUUGAUGAUGCUGAUUUACAAGAAUAUCUACAAGUAACUAACGAGUGGUCCAGUGACAUUACUGAGUGUCCUCAUCCUCCUAAUAUGGUAUUGUCUCAUAUUGUGUAUCGACUCAUUGAACUAGUCAAACCACCUCAACCUCCUUCCAAUCCACCGUCACUGCCUAAGUUUUAUUUAAAAGGAUCAUUCGUUGGUCUUCCAUUCACUGGAAAAACUUCAUCACUUAAAUACAUCAAUGAAACUCUUGGUGUCCUAAUACUGAGUCCUAAUGAUUUGGUGAUUAAAGCUAUUGAAGUGUACAAGUCAGAGCUGACAGAGAGAUACACCAGUGGGCCAGCCUCGCUCUCAUCAGUGGAAGAGGAGGAGGAGGGAGGAGAGGGGGAAGGAGCCAAGGCUGAUAGCGUCAAAGAAGAAGAAGGAGCUGAAGAAAAUGAAGAAAAAGAUGCUGAAGACUCUAAGAAGCAAAGCCCUUUUGAA